AUGGAACCAGAACCAUCCCUUGCUGCUCUCCUUGAGGCUGUCACAGCCCUCACAGCCACAGUCAGGUCCCUACAGGACCAAAUCAGAACUCAGGGCCAACAGCUUGUUGAGCUUAAAGCCAUAUGCAAGGAGACUGCUGACCUUAUUGGCAACAAGGACCAAGGAGCCCCCCAAACCAAGCCUGGCCCAUCAACUGGGCCUCAUGCAACCACUUGUACUGGUCAUGUGACCGUGUCCAGGACACCUGUCACUCCCCCAACCCACACAGGGGGAGAAGCCCACACUCCAGGCACAGUUAGGCCUGGGCUCAAAGCCCCCUUCCGCCCAUCAAGGGGCACAGGUUUUGACUCAGAAGAAGAGGAACCAAGGCACGCCCCAAAAAGGAGCCUUGCAGCACGCCUAGGAGCCUUAGCUCCCUCACCCCCUUCAACUCAGGGCAAGGGGAACCCCCCAACCACCAUCCUGGCCUUAACAGCCAAAUUUAAAGAAGCCUUUGCUGAUCCAGAUGCCAAGAGAGCAGCUGCCAGAAAGAUUGCCGCGCUAACUCAGACAAACACCAUGUCUGAAUUGGAACCAGGAGGCAUUAUUGCCCAAUUCACCUGCAGCCUGCACUGGAAAGUUAAGGAACUCCUGUCUUCCAAAGACAAUAUUCCUGAUGACAACCUUGAGGCAAUAUUUGCUGCCUCAAUCAAAAUUGACAACACUUGUUGGGAAAAUGAGGAGAACCGCCCCAAGAAGCAAGGCACCAAGUCCCUGGUCACUGCAACCACUUCCACCACCACUCAACGGGUCCGCCUAUUGGAAGACCCUAACUAUGUCACACCAGAAGAAAGGGACCGUUGCCGCGCAUCUGGACUUUGUGUUAAGUGUGGCCAAAUGGGGCACAGCAUCAAACAAUGCCCCAAUGGGUGGAAGGCAACCAUCAAGGAAGCCGGCAAAAUUGGUCAGGACAAGUUGGAAAAAGAAUGA